AUGGGGGACCUACCCGGCCUGGGUCCCCGGCAGGUGGCCCCCCACAGCCUGAGCGCCCUGCACGUGUCCUACAGCGUCAGGCACCGAGUGGGGCCCUGGUGGCAUCUGUCCACCUGCAAACGCCAGAUCCUCAAGGAUGUCUCCCUGUAUGUGGAGAGCGGUCAGCUCACAUGUGUCUUGGGGGGCUCAGGCUCAGGCAAGACCACCCUGCUGGACGCUGUGUCCGGGCGGUUGCGGCACUCAGGCUCCUGGGCCGGGCAGGUGCGGGUCAGCGGCUGGGCCCUGCAGAGAUCUCAGGUGCGGGACUGCUGCUCCUACGUGCUCCAGAAUGACACGCUACUGAGUGGCCUGACAGUGCGGGAGAGUCUGACCUUCACAGCGCUGCUGGCUACCCGGGAGAGCUCUGCCUGGCCCAUGCAUAAGAAGGUGGAGGCGGUGCUGGCCGAGCUGAGUCUGGGCCACGUGGCGGACAGCCUGGUGGGCACCAACAGUGCAGGUGGCAUCACCAAGGGUGAGCGGCGUCGGGUGUCCAUCGCUGCCCAGCUGCUGCAGGACCCCAAGAUCUUGCUGCUGGACGAGCCGACCACGGGCCUGGACUGCACCACGUCCAACCAUAUCGUCUCCCUCCUGGCCGAGCUGGCGCGCAAGGGCCGUAUCGUGGUCGUCACCAUCCACCAGCCCCGCUCCGAGCUCUUCCAGGUCUUUGACAAGAUCAUCAUCCUGAGCCAGGGCGAGCUGGUCUUCUGCGGGAGCCCUGGGGAGCUGCUGAGUUUCUUCAGCUCCUGCGGCUACCCCUGCCCUGAGCAUUCGAACCCCUUCGACUUCUACGUGGACCUGACGUCGGUGGACACCCAGAGCCAGGAGCGGGAGCUGGACACCUACAAGAGGGUGAAGGCCAUCGAGGCGGCCUACAAGGCUUCGACUGUGUACCGGCAGGUCCUGGCGAGCAUUGAGGGCGCGCAGGCCCAGGACACGCGCCCGGACAUCCCCUUCAAGACCAGGGACGCCCCGGGCACACUCGCCAGGCUCUGUAUCCUCCUGCGGAGGAUGACGAAGAACCUGGUUCGGAACCGGCUGGCUCUGCUCAUGCGGCUGUUGCAGAACCUGUUCAUGGGCCUCAUUGUUGCCCUCUUCCUCCUGCGCCUCAGUGGGGACCUGCUCCGAGGGGCCCUGCAGGACCGCGUGGGUCUGCUGUACCAGCUGGCGGGCGGCAUGCCCUACACGGGCAUGCUCAACGCUGUGACGCAGUUCCCCAUGCUGCGUGCAGUCGGGGACCAGGAGAGCCAGGAUGGGCUCUAUGCGCAGUGGCAGCUGCUCCUGGCGUACGUGCUCCAUGUGCUGCCCUUCAGCCUGGUUGGGGUCUUCCUCUUCUCUGGUGUGAGCUACUGGACACUGGGCCUGUUCCCUGACAUGGCUCGGUUCAGCAUCUUCACGGUGGUGCUUCUGGCUCUUCACGUCGAAGGGGAGCUGCUGACACUCGUGCUGCUGGGCCUGAUACACAGCCCGACACUGGUCAACAGUAUCGUGACCCUGCUCUGCGUCGCAGGCGCGCUGGUGGGCUCAGGGCUCGUGAGGAGCAUAGCGGACAUGCCAGCGCCCUUAAAGGCCUUCACCUACGUCACCUUCCACAAGUACAGCUGCGAGAUCCUGUUGGUGAACGAGUUCUACGACCACAAUUUCACGUGCGGUGACUCCAACAGCUCCGGGCCAGUCAACAACCCCAUGUGCGUCUUUACCGAGGGCGCCCAGUUCCUGGCCAGCAUCUCCCCUGGUGCCGAGAACCGUUUCACGGCCAACUUCCUGGUGCUCUACGCCUUCCUGCCUGGCCUGCUGCUGCUGGGCAUGGCCGUGUACGCACUGAGGGAACGAUGCCUGGGGAGGUAG